CUUGUCAAGGUUCCCAGGUAGCAACACUCCCAGGCUAGCCUGACAUCCAGUCUUCACUCAGGAUAUGCUGCAGCUAUACUGCAGCUAUACUGUGUCUAUACGGGAUCUAUACCCUCACUAUACACUAUCUACCCACGAUGCUGAGGUACCUUCUACCAGAUCAUGCUGCGCCUCAACAAGGAACGCAAGAACGCGCGCACUGCGCCCUCACCUAACAGGUUAUGGGUCAUCCUGGAUCCUGCAGCCUCCCUGGGCUCUCUUAGCAGAGAACCUCUUAACUCCAACCGUAUCAUCAGAAGUGCCUCCUUCAGGAUCCCGGAGCUUGAAGAGGUGCAGGAGGAGUGGACCCCAGAGAAAGUGUUCCCUCAGGAGGAACCCUUGACUGAGCUGAGAGAGGAGUGGAACCCGAAGACAGGGCUCCACGGAGAGGUACUAGCGACGGAGACAGUCAUAACGGAGGAGUGGAAUAUAAGCACAGCCUCCCCUCAGGAGGGUCCAGUGACGGAGGCAGCGCUGACAGAGCAGCAGCAGCAGCAGGAGGAGGAGGAGGUAACGCAGACAGAUGUCCUUGUGGAGGGUGGGACACAGACAGACCUUGAGGUGGACCAGUGGACGACUGAGGUCUCCACCAGAGAUGCCAACAGAGAGCCUGAGUCAUGUGGUGGGGAGGUUUGGAUGACGACUAUCCCAGGUAACAACACGAUUGUUGAGGAAGGCAGCAAGCACCAGCAGGUGUUGGUGACCCCUGGCUGGUAUGAUGGACGCUACCCACACAACCUUGACUGUGUGUGGAACCUCAAUGUUGGUACGGAGUGCCAGGCUGGUCUACUGCUGUACAAGGUGCUGGAGGGCCAGGUGAGGGAGACCAAUAGGUGCCUACAAGACUACCUACAGGUGCUGCAACCUAAUGGCUUUUCUGCUAAGUACUGUGGACCGCUAGUCAACAAAGGCAAGGCCGUGUCCGGCACGGACGCGUGGAGCAAAGCUGAGCCACGGACCACCAUCCUACGCUUCAAGUCCAGCCCUCGUACGGACCAGUCACUAACGGACCUCCUCCCUACCACCAACCUCCCUAGAGGCUUCAGGAUGGAGGUUACUUAUUACUGCUGGAUACGUAGUAAAUAUGUACUGCAACCUGGUGCCACUAGAGGCACUGGCACCACUGGAGAGGACACUGACACCACUGGAGAGGAGUCUGGCACCACUGGAGAGGACUCUGGCACCACUGGAGGGGAUACGGGCACCACUGUUAGUUAUGAUGACACAUAUGGCACCACUGUAGAUGAUUCUGGCAGUGCUGAGAGGAACGACAGUACCUCUAAUACCAUUGGAGUUGAUACUGGCACCAUUGAAGAUGAUUCUGGCACUAAUGGGAGGGACGUUAGCACUUCCGGCACAUCUGUAAGCGACACUGGCACCACUGGGAAUGACGUUAUAAGUAAGACGUUGACACUUUCGGAGGGACCUCUGGCACCGCUGACAUCACGAGAAGGAAGCGCUGGCAUCAGUAGAAAAAACAGGCACCAAUCAAGACCACUGACACCACUGGCACCGCUGGCACCACUGGUACCCGCUGGGUAAUACUCCAUUACACACCCUAGCUGUACUAACCUAGUUGUAUAUGCUGGGAUUGAGUCCCUGGACCAAUGUGUGUGUGUGUAUGUGUGUGUGUGUGUGUGUAUGUGUGCGUGUGUGUAUGUGUGUGUGCUUUUGUGUAUGUGUGUUUGUGUGUCUGUCUGUGUGUACAACCGUGGCGAACUAUAAUCUCACUGAGAAAGUACCCUGGGCAGCCCUGGAAGUACACUGUGGUAGUACCCUGGGCCAGCCCUGGUGGUACACUGUGAUAGUACCCUGGGUCAGCCCUGGUGGUACACUGUGGUAGUACCCUUGAGCAGCCCUGGAGGUACACUGUGGUAGCACCCUGGGGCAGCCCUGGUGGUACACUGUGGUAGUACCCUUGAGCAGUCCUGGAGGUACACUGUGGUAGCACCCUGGGGCAGCCCUGGUGGUACACUGUGGUAAUACCCUGGGCCAGCCCUGGUGGUACACUGUGAUAGUAUCCUGGGUCAGCCCUGGUGGUACACUGUGGUAGCACCCUGGGGCAGUCCUGGAGGUACACUGUGGUAGUACCCUGGGGCAGUCCUGGAGGUACACUGUGGUAGUACCCUGGGGCAGCCCUGGAGGUACAAUAUGGUAGCACCCUGGGGCAGCCCUGGAGGUACACUGUGGUAGCACCCAGGGGCAGUCUUGGAGGUAUACCGAGGCAGUACCCUGGGGCACAUUGACAAAUGAAGCCAAUGUUAUUGUUGUAGACAUGUUGUUGUAGCCAUGUUGUUGUAGCCAUGUUGUUGUAGCCAUGUUGUUGUAGUCAUGUUGUUGUAGUCAUGUUGUUGUAGUCAUGUUGUUGUAGUCAUGUUUUAAUAAACACUGGUGGAAACCUUUGUGGUAUUGUGACCUGUGUAAAGGAUAAUGUCUCAGAAAUAUCACAGAGUAAUAACUGUUCUUUAGAUUUAACUUAAAUCACGAGUGACUGGUGAGUGCGUCACCUCAGUACAGGUACUAGGUAAGUUACUGGGUAACUCCCAGUAACUUACAAGUUCCACUUUGUCACCAUUAACUUGUUCGUAACUUAGACAACCAAUUUUAAGUGUUAACUUACAUAUUUCUGGUCGAAGAUCCACAUCUGUAGAGGUGCACACCACCUGGGGUGCACACCUCCGUGAGUGCACACCUCUGGGAGUGCACACUUCUGGGAGUGCACACCUCUGGGAGUGCACACCUCUGGGAGUGCACACUUCUGGGAGUGCACA